AUGGUGACUAUUUCAAUUAAAAACGCUGGUAAGGUGUACGAUAUUGAAGUCGAACUUUCAGAUUCUGGAAAACUCUUCAAAGAUAAGAUCCAAGCUGUUACAAAUAUCCCACCUGAAAGACAAAAAAUCUUGGUGAAAGGUGGUAAGGUCGCCGAUGAUGUUACUAUCGAAUCAUUGAACAUUCCAGAAGGGAAGCCAGUAAUGGUUUUGGGUACCCCCGAUAAGGGCUUGCCUAGCAAGCCAGUUGAAAAACAAGUUUUCUUGGAAGACUUGAAUGAACUGCUGUUAUAUAAAGUUGACAAUGAGCCUUCUGGGUUAGUCAAUUUGGGUAACACUUGUUACUUAAACAGUUCCCUUCAAGUAAUGUUCCUGAUAAGCGACCUUAAGGAGAGGUUAGACACCUUCGCUGCCAGCUCUGGAGCCAAUUCUGCCUCCACGUUAACUGUAGCACUUAAGUCAUUAUUUGGGCAAAUGAAGAAGAAGCAACAAAAUGUGAAUCCUACUAUAUUCUUGACUUUACUCAGGAGUAGCUUUCCACAAUUCGCAGAACGUUCAGACCAUGGGUUCUAUAAGCAACAGGAUGCUGAAGAAGCGUAUCUGCAAAUAUUAAGCACAUUGAAUUCUACCUUAAAAGUCGAAGAUCUUUUCAGAAUCAGCUUCAAAGUAAAAUCAAAGUGUCUUGCGCUCCCAGAUGAAGUUCAAACCACUUCAUAUGAGGACUCAUCCAAGCUUUCAUGUCAUAUCACAAUUUCUACCAACUUUCUCAGAGAUGGUAUAUUGAGUGGUUUGAAAGAAAAAAUAGAAAAAUUUAACGAUACUUUACAGUCCAAUGCAGAGUAUGAAUUGAGCCGUACUAUUACCAGGCUCCCAAAGUAUUUAACAGUGCAAUUUGUAAGAUUUUACUGGAAGAGAGAUACUCAAAAGAAAUCAAAGAUUUUGAGAAAGGUUCAAUUUCCCUUCGAGUUGGAUCUUUCUGAGAUGUUGGAUGAGGACAUUAAACAGGAGAAGGUUAAGGUUAGAGAUGAAAUUAGGAGAGUUGAAAAGGAUAAUUUAGAACUCAUUAGAGAUUUCAAAAAGGCCAAAACUGUUGCCUCCAAUUCGCUGGCUGCGCUCGUAAACAAUGAAGAAGAGGAAUUGAAGCUUUUAUCCAUAAAAUCCAAAUUUCAAGACGACUUGAAGGCAGCAUUACCUGAUCUCAAUUUGGAAACCACCACUGAGAAUCCAUCUUCAGUCUACCAAUUACAAGCCAUCAUAUCACACAAGGGUGCAUCGGCAGAUUCUGGACAUUAUCAAGCUUUUGUCAAAGACCCAACAGAUUUCGAUGGUGACAAAUGGUGGAAGUAUAACGAUGAUAAGGUCAGUGUAAUUGAGAAGGAAAAGAUUGAACAGUUAGCUGGAGGUGGUGAAAGUGACAAUGCCCUUAUUUUACUCUAUAAGGGAAUUGGCCUUUGA